AGAGGGACUCAGCCCUUCGCAAGAGCCAGGGCCUGCAGAGCAAGCUGGAGAGCCUGGAGCAGGUGCUAAAGCACAUGCGGGAGGUGGCGCAGCGGCGGCAGCAGCUGGAGGUGGAACAUGAGCAGGCUCGGCUCAGCCUGCAGGAGAAGCAGGAGGAGGUCCGGAGACUGCAGCAGGCCCAGGCAGAAGCCAAGAGGGAACAUGAAGGGGCUGUGCAGCUGCUGGAGGUGCGGGUUCGAGAACUUGAAGAGCAAUGCCGCAGCCAAACGGAGCGUUUCAGCCUCCUGGCGCAGGAGCUCCAGGCCUUUCGCCUGCAUCCGGGGCCCUUGGAUCUGCUCACCGCUGCCCUGGGCUGUAGUAAUCUUGGGGAUCGCCCACCACCCCCCUGUUGCUGCUCUACUCCCCAGCCCUGCCGGGGAUCUGGCCCCAAAGACUUUGACCUCCCGCCCGGCUCCCCGGGUCGCUGUACCCCAAAAUCUUCCGAGUCUGCCCCAGCCACCCUUGCCGGGGUUCCUCGAAGGACAGCCAAGAAAGCAGAGUCUCUGUCCAACUCCUCCCGCUCAGAGUCUAUCCACAACAGCCCCAAGUCAUGCCCCACGCCUGAGGUGGAUACAGCCAGUGAGGUGGAGGAACUGGAGGCAGACAGUGUCUCCCUGCUUCCCGCUGCUCUGGAGAGCAGCCAGGGAGGAGCCAGGAUUCAGGUCUUCCUAGCACGCUAUAGCUACAACCCUUUUGAGGGCCCCAAUGAGAAUCCAGAGGCAGAGCUUCCGCUCACUGCCGGAGAGUACAUCUACAUCUAUGGCAACAUGGACGAGGAUGGCUUUUUUGAAGGGGAGCUCAUGGAUGGCCGAAGGGGCCUGGUCCCUUCCAAUUUUGUAGAGCGCGUGUCUGACGACGACCUCCUGACCUCCCUCCCUCCGGAGCUGGCCGAUUUAUCCCACAGCUCAGGCCCCGAACUCAGUUUCCUGAGUGGAGGUGGGGGUGGCAGUAGUGGCGGGGCCCCGAGCAGCGGGGGCCGCAGCCAGCCCAGGCCGGAGGAUGAGGCUGCAGGGGACGAGCUCAGCCUGAGCCCUGCACCCGCGGGCCUGUGCGAGCCCCUUGCGGUGCCUUACCCCCGCCGACUGGCAGUCCUCAAGCAGCUGGCCCACAGCGUGGUGCUGGCCUGGGAACCGCCUCCUGAGCGAGCAGAUUUACAAGGUUACCAUGUCUGCGUGAAUGGGGAACUGCAUCAGGCUCUGGGGCCCGGGGCGCCCCCCAAGGCUGUGCUGGAGAACCUGGACCUGCGGGCUGGGCACCUCCAUGUUUCUGUGCAGGCCCUGACCAGCCGGGGCAGCUCUGACCCUCUGCGCUGUUGCCUGGCAGUGGGUGCCCGGGCUGGACUGCUCCCUAGCCAGCUGCGGGUCCACCGGCUGACAGCCACAUCUGCUGAGAUCACCUGGGUGCCCGGCAACAGCAACUUGACCCAUGCCAUCUACCUCAACGGGGAAGAGUGCCCCCCUGCCCGCCCCAGCACUUACUGGGCCACGUUCUGCCACCUGCGGCCUGGUACACUCUAUCAGGCCCGAGUGGAGGCUCAGCUCCCACCUCGAGGAUCCUGGGAACCAGGCUGGGAGAGGCCAGAGCAGCGGGCUGCCACCCUGCAGUUCACCACACUCCCAGCAGGCCCGCCUGACGCCCCCCUGGAUGUGCAGAUUGAGCCGGGGCCUUCCCCUGGCAUCUUGAUCAUCAGCUGGCUCCCAGUAACCAUCGAUGCGGCUGGCACCUCCAAUGGUGUCCGGGUCACAGGCUAUGCCAUCUAUGCCGAUGGGCAGAAGAUCAUGGAGGUGGCGUCACCCACGGCAGGCAGCGUGCUGGUGGAGGUGUCCCAGCUGCAGCUGCUGCAGGUGUGCAGCGAGGUGGCUGUGCGCACCAUGUCGCCCCAUGGCGAGUCGGCGGAUUCUAUUCCGGCUCCGGUUGCCCCGGCCCUGGCUACAGCCUGCCUGCCAGCCAGGGUCUCCUGUCCAUCACCACGACCAGGUCUGGAGGCCCGAGCACCCCUUCUUCCAGACUCCUCAGCGUCUGGAGACCCCAGCUCUUUCCUCGGGUGCCCUGUCUCCCAAGGAACUCCAGGGCCCCCAGGGGGCCCCCCAGCAAGCCUUCCCAGAGAGAGCUCGACAGGAUCCCAAGAGGAGCCUCCAGCGCCCUGCUCCCAGGGGGAGGGCCGGCCAGCCGUGCUGGGCGUCUCAGAGGACAGAGGGGCCAGUGAGUCCAUGCUGGGCGACAGGGUUCCAGGCCCUGCCACCGCCUCACUGGCCAAGGAGGAGGCCGAGUGGACAGAAGGCGAGGCCCCGAGGGUGCUCUGCGCUGAGGCCUGCCAUGGAGGAGAGACGGGGUCUGGGCCGAGGCCAGAGAGGGAGGACACAGCAGAGCUCGGGGGCCGUCUGUCAGACUCCCUUGUGGAUCAUGGUCGCAACUCAGAUCUGUCAGACAUCCAGGAGGAAGAGGAGGAAGAGGAGGAGAAGGAGGGGGAGGAGGAGCUGGACUCUAGGACUUGCUCUUUCCAGAAGCAGGUUGCUGGCAACAGCAUCAGGGAGGAUGGGGCCAAGCCCCAGACUGACUCCUCCUGUGAGACUGACAGCGACGAGGAGAUCUUGGAGCAGAUCCUGGAGCUGCCCCUCCAGCAGUUCUGCAGCAAGAAGCUCUUUAGCAUCCCCGAGGAGGAGGAGGACGAGGAAGCGGAUGAGGAGCCAGGGGCAGGCUGUUCUUCCAGAGACCCUGGCCAGCCUGAGUCUGCGUCGCUGGGGCUGGGCUGUGACAGCAGUCGGCCUCCAGGACCUGGCCCGUGCCCCUUGUCUCCUGAGCCCUGCGGGCUGGGGGACUGCCUGGAGGACGCGCCCGGACUAGUUGGUGGAAGCAGCCGGUGGCGAGGAAGUGGCUCCCCUGAGAAGCCCCCAAACCGCAGGCGGUCCCCAGACCCCCGUGAACACUGCAGCCGGCUUCUCAGCAAUGGAGGGCCCCAAGCCUCUGGACGACCGGGCCCCACAUGGGAGAGGGGUGGCUCUCCUGUGGGCGAGGGCGCCAGGGGUGGACCAGAGGCUAGUGGGAGAGGGCGUCCACCCCCUUCCCGGAGAUGCCCCCGUGGCGGCCGCGCCCCAGAACCUGGUCUGGCCAGCUGCCUUUCCCCCAAGUGUUUGGAAAUCAGCAUUGAAUAUGAUUCUGAGGACGAGCAGGAGGCAGGCGGCGGGGGCAUCAGCGUCAGCGGCUCCUGCUAUCCCGGAGAUGGGGAGGCCUGGGGCACAGCCCCCCUAGGAAGGCCCAGGGGGCCUGUGAAGGCCAGUUCAGGCCCUGACCCCUACCCAUGCCUCCCGGCCUGGGACAAAGGGGAGCCAGAACAGAGAGCCCGAAGUGCGAUGGGCAGAGCCAAGGAGCCAGCCUCCCGGGCAACAGAGGCUGGGGAGCCCAGAGGGCAGGAGAGCUCUGGGCGGAGGGGCUCUCUGAGGAAAGGGGGCCGAGCACCCAAACCCAGCACCACUCAGCUUGUUCCUCUGAGGAGCCCUCCAGAAGUGCUGGCUUCCCAGGACCUGCCUGUCAGGCUCUUUGUGGCCCUGUUUGACUAUGACCCUGCAUCCAUGUCACCCAACCCUGAUGCCGGGGAGGAGGAGCUCCCCUUCCGGGAAGGCCAGAUCCUGAAGGUGUUUGGGGACAAGGAUGCUGAUGGCUUCUACCGGGGAGAAGGUGGGGGCCGGAUAGGCUACAUUCCCUGCAACAUGGUCACCGAGGUGGCCGUGGACAGUCCUGCGAGAAAGCAGCAGCUGACCCAGCUCGGCUAUUUGUCUCCAGAUGUUUUCGCUGAGGGCUCAGGGACUAGUUCCUCCGUGUAUUCCACAGCCCGAACAUCUGGGCCUCCCCCCAAGCCCCGCCGCUCCAAGAAAGCCGAGGCGGAAGGCAGCCAGCACUGUGCAGGCACACCUCAGCCGGUUUCUGCUGCAAGCUUGAAAUCUCCCCGUUCCAUGGUGGCUGCCUUUGACUACAACCCCCGGGAGAGCUCCCCCAACAUGGACGUGGAGGCCGAGCUGCCCUUCCGCGCAGGCGAUGUCAUCACUGUGUUCGGGGGCAUGGAUGAUGAUGGUUUCUACUAUGGGGAACUGAAUGGACAGAGGGGCCUGGUUCCAUCCAACUUCCUGGAGGGCCCUGGGCCUGAGACAAGUGGCUCAGACAGGGAGCCUGGGAGACCACAGACCGAGCGUCAGAGAACGAGGAGGAGAAGAGUCCAGUGCUAGAUGGAGAUAGAUAUAUGUAGAGAGAGCAACAUGACUGGGCUGGCACAACACAAGCGCCCCUGGAGCCUCCAGGCUGGCCCUGUGCCUCUGGCCCUGGCAGCUUCCCCAGGGUUGACCUG